CUGGGUGGGAGAGUGACGAAAUCCGUAACAACUCCGCCCACAGAUUCCACCUCCACGGCACGCAAAAGCCUCCGCCGCCGAAACCCCUCCGCCCCGCGCCGCCAAAGCCGCCUCCACAACCCCCCCUCACCCCAACCCCCACCCCCACCCAGGCGCGGCGGCGGCGGCUCCACCUCCACCUCGACCGCGCGAGAGAGCGGAGGAAUCGCCCCUCCUCGCCGGCGCCCUCCUCAGCCCUCGGCUGGCCUGGGCCGAGGCGGAGCGAAGAUCCCUCCAUCUUCGGCUGUCGAGUCGCAUCCGGCCAGAUCCGAUGGAGGCGGGCUCCUCCUCGCCCGCGGGCCCCGCGCCGGGGCCGCCGCCCUCCAUACCCCCCUCCGGCGACCAGGGCGUCUGGGCCGACGUCUCGCCGCUCAUCGCCGCCGCCUGCGCUGAUCUCCAAGAUGGGGAACUUGUUCAUGGGGAGAACUUCAGUUUGUUUGCCGCAAUGUCUGCAUUGGAAAUAAUGGACCCUAAAAUGGAUUCCGGUAUCGAGAGAAGUGGAUAUUAUUCCAUCGAUGAAGCCAUAGAAGAUGGCAUUGCCCCAGUUCCACUUAGUUUGGACAGAACACUUGACAUUCAACGAACUCUUGAUGUCAUCGACCAUCUUUUCUCAUGUGAGGCAACCUGGCACAAGGGUCACACUCUAGCACAAACCGUCUUCACAUGUAUCUACCUUAUGAAAAUGGAGAGAAUUUCAUCGCAUGCUGUCCUAAAUAGCUUCUGCAGGAUUUUGCGUGCUACUUGUAAUUCUGUCAUUUCUGUCGUUUCAACUGCCCGAACUCAUGAGGAAGAAGACCUCUUUACGAUGUCUUUUGGACUGCCUUUGAAUGGUGAAGGUGAUGAUAAGUGCUUGUCAGUUCUGAACUCGGUUGAAGAGACAAUAUCUCGUCAAUUGCGUGCAUGUAAAUCCCAAGCAUUAUCCAAGAAAAAAACACUAGAAGAGUUUGAAUCACUGCAGGAUAAUCCUGAGCUGGAAGAGGGUUACUGCAGAGCCUUGUUGUGCAGAUUACGUUUUCGUAAGCAUUUUCACCAUGUGGUUAUGUGCAUGAGGAAACCUCAAGGAAGAGGAUUGGAUUUGGCUCGCAAGCAUGUUACGUCAUGCUUGGCUGAGCUUAGUUUGAUGCUGAAGUCCCAAGAGUUCCUUAAGUCUCGGUCUGACAUUACAUCGCAAAAAGGUGAUGAAAGCUGCACCACUGCAUCAGGUUGCUGCCCUAUUGGCUUUGAUGUCAGUCUGAAUAGCAGACUUCUGAGUCCAGCACCACCGCGUGCUGUUCAAAUACUCGCCUGGAGUGAUGCAAUUAGGUACUUUGAGAAGCUUCUGCAUGAUCUAGAUAUCAUUUGUGCUCUGUCGCUUGAUCCCGUGCUUGAGAAUGUUCUUCACUUCAUUGCACAGUUCCAAAAAUCUGUACCUGAUUUGGUUCCUAGAGCAUUUCUUCAGGUGGGUCACACUGACAUGCUUCAAGGGCCAUCUUUAUCACUGUUAUGCUGUAGAUGUUUUGACUCAUCUGACAUUAGUGUUUUGUUUCCCCUGGAUUGCAAAAAAUGA